UGACAGCUGUAUAUCGAUUAUGAAAAAAGUACUUAGAUCAUGCUCCUUGUAUUGCAGCCAGGGGCGCACUGACAACUCAUGGGGCCCCUGGGCAAUAGGGGAUCAUGGGGCCCCUGUGUCCUUGCCCAAACUCAAAAAAGUCUACGAAAAAGGUACCAGUGGCAUCUCAUGGGGCCCCCUACUGACCCUGGGCCCUCGGGCAGUGCCCGAGUUUCCAAAUGGUCAGUCCGCCCCUGAUUGCAGCUCAACU